UCAGUCCUCCGAUUUUGAAUCGCGUAUACUUCUUUCUUGUUUCAGAGUGUAUCCGACAGCGGCAGUUAUACUUCACCUGUUUAACAAAAUAUAAAAAAACAUUCACUCAAAAUGAGGGAAAUUGUGCAUUUGCAGGCUGGUCAGUGCGGCAACCAAAUUGGAGCAAAGUUCUGGGAAGUGAUUAGUGACGAACAUGGCAUCGACCCCACUGGCACAUACCAUGGGGACAGUGACCUUCAGCUGGAGAGAAUUAAUGUGUAUUACAAUGAAGCCACGGGAGGCAAGUAUGUCCCCCGUGCGGUGUUAGUGGACUUGGAGCCUGGUACAAUGGACUCUGUGAGGUCGGGUCCCUUUGGACAGAUCUUCCGACCAGACAACUUCGUCUUCGGCCAAAGUGGAGCUGGAAACAACUGGGCCAAGGGCCACUACACAGAGGGAGCAGAGCUGGUGGACUCUGUUUUGGAUGUGGUGAGGAAAGAGGCAGAGAGCUGUGACUGUUUACAGGGUUUCCAGCUCACCCACUCCCUGGGCGGGGGCACAGGUUCGGGCAUGGGCACCCUGCUCAUCAGCAAAAUCCGUGAGGAGUACCCCGAUCGUAUCAUGAACACGUUCAGUGUAGUGCCCUCGCCCAAAGUAUCAGACACUGUGGUGGAGCCCUACAAUGCCACCCUGUCAGUCCACCAGCUAGUAGAGAACACAGACGAGACCUACUGUAUUGACAACGAGGCUCUGUAUGACAUCUGCUUCCGUACCCUUAAACUUACCACGCCCACCUAUGGCGACCUCAACCACCUGGUGUCAGCCACCAUGAGCGGGGUCACCACUUGCUUGCGCUUCCCUGGCCAGCUCAACGCUGACCUCCGUAAACUGGCUGUCAACAUGGUGCCCUUCCCCCGUCUCCACUUCUUCAUGCCGGGCUUCGCCCCCCUGACCAGCAGGGGGAGCCAGCAGUACAGGGCCCUCACUGUGCCCGAGCUCACCCAGCAGAUGUUCGAUGCCAAGAACAUGAUGGCGGCUUGCGACCCACGUCACGGCCGUUACCUCACCGUAGCUGCAGUGUUCAGGGGCCGCAUGUCCAUGAAGGAGGUGGAUGAGCAGAUGCUGAACGUCCAGAACAAGAACAGCAGCUACUUUGUCGAAUGGAUCCCCAACAACGUCAAGACCGCUGUCUGCGACAUUCCUCCACGCGGCCUCAAGAUGGCCGCCACCUUCAUCGGCAACAGCACGGCCAUCCAGGAGCUGUUUAAGCGCAUCUCCGAGCAGUUCACCGCCAUGUUCCGUCGUAAGGCCUUCCUCCAUUGGUACACCGGGGAGGGUAUGGACGAGAUGGAGUUCACUGAGGCUGAGAGCAACAUGAACGACCUGGUGUCUGAGUACCAGCAGUACCAGGACGCCACCGCCGAGGAGGAGGGAGAGUUUGAGGAGGAAGGAGAGGAGGAGCUGGCGUAGAGAUGUGUCAUGUGUACUUACUUCACAUGCCUUAGUGACAUUUUUCAGUGUCCUGUUUGUCUUGUCUGUCCCUUUUCACGGUGGCCUUCUCAAGCUGUCAAAUUCCAACUUUUGAACCAAAUCUCUAUUAAAGGCAUAACUUUGAUAGCA